CGGGUUUGUAGCCAGGCUGGCAAGGCAGCUCCGGAAGGAGGACAUGAAGAGAGUCACCCUGUUUGUUAAUGGCAGUCCCAGGAAUGGGAAGGUUGUGGCUGUUUAUGGAACGCUGUCCGAUUUGCUUUCUGUCGCAAGUAAUAAGCUUGGAAUAAAAGCAACCAGUGUCUACAAUGGACGAGGUGGACUCAUUGACGACAUUGCCUUAAUCAGGGAUGACGACGUACUUUUUGUAUGUGAAGGAGAACCAUUUAUUGACCCCCAGAAUGACAUCAACCCUCUAGAAACGUUAACGGGAUCUCAUUCGGAUUGGAUAACACUCAAUGUAGGGGGACGAUACUUCACAACUACCCGGAGUACUUUAGUUAGUAAAGAACCUGAUAGCAUGCUGGCUCGCAUGUUUAAAGAUAAAGAUGCUUGGGGAAACAAGAGAGAUCACAGUGGAGCUUUCCUGAUUGACCGAAGUCCUGAGUACUUUGAACCGAUCUUGAACUAUUUGCGGCAUGGACAGCUAAUUGUGAACGAUGGCAUUAAUUUGUUAGGAGUCUUAGAGGAAGCCAAGUUCUUUGGAAUUGACUCGCUAAUUGAACACCUUGAAAUAGCAAUUAAGAACUCCCAACCUGCAGAAGACCAUUCCCCAAUUUCCCGAAAGGAAUUUGUCAGGUUCCUCCUCGCAACCUCAACCAAGUCUGAGCUACGCUGUCAGGGCUUAAAUUUUAGCGGAGCAGACCUCUCUCGUUUAGAUCUCCGGUACAUCAACUUCAAGAUGGCCAACUUGAGCCGAUGCAACCUGGCCCACGCGAACCUCUGCUGCGCCAAUCUUGAACGGGCCGAUCUCUCUGGAUCUGUUCUAGAUUAUGCCAACCUCCAAGGUGUAAAGAUGCUGUGCUCAAAUGCAGAGGGAGCAUCACUGAAAAGCUGCAAUUUUGAAGACCCUUCUGGCCUUAAAGCUAAUCUGGAAGGUGCCAACUUGAAAGGGGUCGAUAUGGAAGGAAGUCAGAUGACUGGCAUCAAUCUCCGAGUUGCAACUCUAAAGAACGCAAAAUUAAAAAACUGCAACUUGAGAGGAGCAACCCUGGCAGGAACUGACUUGGAGAACUGUGACCUGUCAGGCUGUGAUCUACAAGAGGCCAACCUGAGAGGAUCAAAUGUGAAAGGAGCCAUCUUUGAAGAGAUGCUGACACCAUUGCACAUGUCUCAGAGCGUCAGAUAGGUUGCUAGCAGAACAGGGGCCCUGCUACAGACUUUUGGUGCUCAGUGGGGGAAUGACAUUGCUUCCACAGCAUGUUUUUCUCAGUGGUGCCUGAGGAACUGCUGCUGGUGGGGAGAAGGACCUUCCCAUGUCUUAGGCAUAGGAAUAGCUAUUGAAUCCAGUUGGGACAAGAAGCUUGCUCUUAAUUCCCAAGGACAUUGCUGCCUUGGCUCUACCUUGCUCUAGAACACUUCAUAAGACAUGUAUUUAUGAAAGCACAA